UUAGCCUAUCUUUACUUUAACACGCUUUAGCAACGCUUCCUAUCCCGACCGUAGUACGAUUUCGCUUCAUGGAACAUUGUCGUUCACUAACCAAUUUUGGCAACGGAUAAUGUCUUUGAAGAGGGUUCAUUAAGAACGGAUGGUCGAUGAAGACGCAUCGGCAUGAGAUGAGGAAACGGUGUCUCACACACACAAGAGGUGCUGACUAUUCAAGAGGGAAGCUAAAGAUACUGAUUCCUCUGACGCUAUAAUGGCGCAUUUAGACCCUGGAAUUUGCACAUUACGACAGUGAGAGUCCACCAUUUUAUAGGGUUCGAAUAAGGAAGGCAGUUGUCUUUUAAUAUACUAAUAGGACUUGUUUGUAGUAUGACACCGUCACUCUCAAUUAGACAAUGUUAGCUUUUAUAUAUGUAUUCAAAACGGGCGUCGUUUUGUUUACAUUGACGCGGUUGAAGUGUUAUGGAGUAACCUGCUAUCCUGCUCGUUGAAAGUUCGUUGUCCAGUGUUGUAAGAGGUUGCAUUAGUCAGUUUAAACAAGAGGGAACGCUAGAGCGCUGUAGAGUGCAUACUGUAUGAGAGAAUGAAGAAGUGCAGUCCCUGGACGUUUCUCCCUAUUACAUUUUCCCUGUUCACUGCUGCUGGCCUGUGGCUUGUGUAUUUUAUAGCAGUGGAGGAUGACAAAAUAGUUCCUCUCAGUUCAGAAUACAAAAGAUCAGGACAGAAGUCCCCUCCCUACAUAAGCGCGGCAGGCAAUGCACCGCCAGCCAGCUGUGUGUUUAGCCAAGUCAUGAACAUGGCAGCAUUUGUGGGAUCCAUUCUUGGUGUGCUGCGAUACCUUCAGCUGAAACCACGUAUGCGCCUGCCAUGGAUGAACAUUGGUAGUCUAGUGGCUUUGUCUCUGGCUUGCCUUGGAAUGACCUUGGUGGGGAAUUUCCAGCUCACCAAUGAUGAAGAGCUCCACAACGUAGGCACAUCAAUGACCUUUGGCCUAGGAACUCUGUUCUGUUGGGUGCAGUCCGUCAUAACGGUGAAGGUAAACUUGCGGAAUGAGGGCAGGCGGACAGGUAUCCCUCGUUUCCUCUUGUCUGGAGCUGUUACUGCCUGCAUGCUGCUUUACUUCACCCUGAUGGCCCAGGGUCUUCACAUGCAUGCUGCCCGGACACAGUGGGCCCUCGUCAUGUUCUUUCUUUCCUUUCUGGCCUCCUUUGCCGUUGAGUUCCGCCACUAUCACUUUAAGAUUGUGUGCACCGAUGACCAGGACCCCCCACUUAGUCUGACUGAGACCUUCUCUGAGGUGUCGGAGUACCAAUCGGAUCAGCUUUAGGACCCAGUGCUGGGGCAGUCAUGCUUAUUCUCACAGAGCCAGACUAGCUGUAGGAUUUGCCAGGAGGGCAGAAUCGGAACAAACAAAAACCAUUAUGAGCAACGGAACACUCUCCAAAGACAACUAAUAAAAUUGGUUUACAAUGCAGGUUGAAUUGAAAAAAAAAACUAUUUGUAGCAGAAAUGAUUUGCACUGUUGGACUGGCUCAUACAGACAUAUGGAUUCGUUUUUAAAAUAGAUGCUGUUGCUCCUUAUUGCCACACAUUCAGUGAUUUACCUGAAGCACACCCAUUGGUUGGAUACAAUUAUUUGUACUUAGUCCUGACUGACAGGCAUGCUGGCCCAUAGCCAAAGUACUCUAUGACCAAAAUGCUGUAUCCAGCACAAUGUCUUUUUAUGAUCAAUGUCUGUAAGCACUACACCACAUGCAUGUUUGCCUGAGGAAUGUAAUCUGCAAUAAUCUUUGAAUGGCUCACUCUUCACUCAACUCACUGAGCACAGCUGUGAAAGAAGACAUGACGGGUAAGGAGUCAUUACUUUAUCAUUUGAGUCAAAAUGUCUGUGUUAACUGUUUUUUCUGUAAAAAACUAAAAAAAAAAAAAAAAAAAAAGACAAGCACAUGAGACCAGGUUGUUUUCCAUGUUCCUUUUACUUUCCCAAAUCAACAUCCCACAAGUGCUCACAUUCUUUAUCUUCCAUUAAAAAAACAAAGAAAAGAUUUGAAUUUCAGGUUAUGACAAUUCAGUGCUCCAAUCAAACAUAAUACUGUAGCUAUAAGGUAUGAACACCAGUUCUUGAUGCUAAAAUCCCAUGACAACUUUUGUAAUAUUUCAUAUUAUUAAAAUGUUGCAGGAAAUCA